GCGGCUUGGAAGGAGCAACGGAGCGAUCUCAAUGGUAAACAACAUCAGACAAGUUUCUUCCCUACUUUGGGUAAUGAGUUGUUUUCAUCAAAGCUUGGCUUGUUUGAUGAGACUAAUGGUGAGUCCAAGCCCAGGAGGCUUUCUUCCUUUACAAUGUGUUUCAAGAGUUUCCAGGAGUGUAACAAUAUAAGGAAAGUGCCCAGCACAUGCUCUGCUUGCUGUCAUAUGUAUUACACGCUGUUUCUCUCUGCCCUGCUCAGCUACUGGAAGGUGACUUUGGGAACUUUGUCACUGAGCUGUUGUUCUGUAGAGAUGUUAAGACCUUGUGAAUUCACUAGCUGGCUUUUAUUAAAGAAGAAGAAGAAGAAGAAGAAGAAGAAGAAGAAGAAGAAGAAGAAGAAGAAGAAGAAGGUGGUGGAGGGGAACUGA